GUCCACAUUGAAUAUUCCCGCUUUUGAGCCCUCUGUCUGCCCCAUCCAUCCUCCGCCAAGCAAAAAAUGUAAACACAAUUUGCUAGUAUUCGACUGUAUGUCAAGUGUGUGUGCGUACAAUCUGAGAAUCGACCGGCCGACAACAAUUCCUCACAACAACACUGCGUCAUCAAGGAAUCAAGAUGGCGUAUCUCCUGAAAACUAUGUGGAGGAGUUCUAUCUUGUCCCCCCUGAGGCGUUCAGGGGCCACACUCGCGCCCCCCUUCGUUGGUUCUGAGGAGGUACUGGCGGCGAAGUCGGAGGGCAAGCCUAUAGUCGCGUUGGAAUCUACGAUCAUCACCCAUGGUAUGCCAUAUCCGAAGAAUGUGGAGACCGCGUUGGAAGUCGAAAAAAUUAUUAGACAACGUGGUGCGGUACCAGCGACGAUCGCCAUUCUCAAAGGCAGGUUGACCAUUGGCUUAACAGAAGACCAAAUCCAAAACUUGGGACAGGCCAAGGGCGUGGUGAAGGCCUCCCGAAGAGACCUGGCACCGAUAGCAGCAGCUGGAUUAGAUGGCGCUACAACGGUCGCUGGCACCAUAGUUGCUGCAGAACUAGCGGACAUACCAAUCUUCGUAACCGGAGGCAUUGGAGGCGUACACCGUGAAGGUGAGAGUAGUUUGGACAUAUCGGCGGACCUUAACGAGCUGGGACGCAGCAAGACCCUGGUGGUGUGUAGCGGCGUCAAAUCCAUCCUUGACAUUGGGAGGACUUUGGAAUAUUUGGAGACCCAAGGCGUGUGUGUAUGCACUUUUGGGAACACCACGGAAUUCCCCGCAUUCUACACGGUGCGUUCCGGAUUCCGCGCCCCAUACAAUGUGGAGAACGCGCGGCGAGCGGCAGAAGUUCUAGGUGCUGCUAAAUCGCUGCGAUUGCAGUCAGGCAUCGUCAUAGCAGUGCCAGUGCCAGAGGAAUAUGCCAUGGACGAAUCAGUAAUAGAUAAGGCAAUUAACACCGCGCUAGAAGAUGCGAAGAAAAAGGGUAUCCAAGGCAAAGAAGUAACACCAUUCAUACUUUCUGCUGUUGCCAACGCUACCGGCGGUGAUUCUCUCAAAUCCAACAUCGCGCUCGUAAAGAACAACGCGAAAGUCGGCGCCGACAUCGCUGUUGAAUUUAAAAAGCUGGGGAAUGCCGACAAUUUGACUGCUUCGAAUAUUGGAUUCCCGGGGAUGAAUUCGCCGAAUGCGGCGAGACGGUUCCAUACCUCGUGCGCGACGAGCAACAAAAUCGAUAGCGAUUACGACUUGCCGCGGAUCGCGAAUCCGGAUGGCGACGUGCUCGUGAUUGGUGGCGCUAACGUGGACAGGACUUAUAGAGUCACCGAAGACAAAGUUCAGCUGGACGGCAGCACACAUCCAUGCACCGUGGACGUAUGCGGUGGUGGAGUGGGCCGCAAUAUGGCGGAGGCUCUGUGGCGACUGCGCGGCGGGAGAGUGCGCCUGCUCACCGCUGUGGGCGACGAUAGUGAUGGCCGCUACUUGGCAAGUGUCGCCCCUGGGCUGUUGCUUGACGGAUGUGUUAUCAAAGAUGCGCGCACACCGACCUAUGCCGCAAUAUUGGACGCCAAAGGAGAAUGCCUGAUUGGCUUAGGAGAUAUGGGUUUACACAGCCACAUAACUCCAGAAAUGGUGGAUAAGCAUAAAAAGGUGUUACAGCAAACCCCCCUUGUGAUAUUCGACGGCAACAUACCUGAAUCCACAAUGGAGCAUGUUAUGCAACUUUGUAACAGAAUGAAGAAACCAGUAUUCUUCGAACCAACAGACAGAAGAAAAGCAGUAAAGGCACUGAAGAACAAUCACCAUUUAACUUUCGUGUCACCAAAUCUGGCAGAGUUAAAAGCAAUGGCUACAUUUUUGCAACCAGAUUUGGAAUCAUCUUCAAAUAGUGAUAUAAACGAAAUAUUGAGCUUAUCAGCUAUUGUGUCACAUUAUGUUGAAUUCAUAAUUGUAACUUUAGGUCCUAAGGGUGUAGUUACAGUACGAAAUUCAAUGAAUCAGUUGGACGCACGUUUUUAUCCAGGUGAAACCAUAGAUGCAAUACAAAAUGUGUCAGGUGCUGGCGAUUGCUUUGCCAGUGGCUUUCUAAAUGGAAUUCUCUUAGGACAAAAACAAUCAUCAUGUAUUUCUAUGGGUAUUCAUUCUGCAAAAUGUGCUUUACUGUCUAAUUACACUGUACCUCACAACCUCAGAAUUAACAAAUACUAUGAUGAGGCAAAAUACAUACAGUUAGACAUAAAAUCUAAAAAAUAAAAAACAUACAAAAAUACAUAAAAAAGUUGUCGUUAUUAAAAUUAACAUAAAAAUACAUUGGAUAUAAAAUACUCCAAGAAUAC